AUAAAACAAAGGUUCAUUAUGAGGUCAAGUCUAGUGCUUCUAUCUCUGAGCUCGAACCGACCCCGAUCCAUGGCCGCUUUCAUUCACUGUCUCCAGGAGCAAAAGAGUUCCAUUUAACUUAUUACUUAUUACCCACCGGAGCUUCCGUUUUUGGGGCCUUAAUCCUUCUGUUUCCAGAUGAUGAACGGUGGCGGCAUCAAAACGGCACUCCUCAAUCCCCACGCAGAUUGUUUUAUCUUGAAAACUGCUUUUUUUCAUUCUACGUCUGUCCUCGACCGCAAAAGACGAAGUUAUUGGGAUUCUAGAUGCAACCACUAUACGAAGAGUUUUAGAAGGAUUAAUACAAAACAAUCAUUGCUGCGCAAUGUCAGUGCCUAUGCAGAAUUCCUCUUUCAGAGUUGGCGGGAUGAGGUUGAGGCUAAUGGUCCUUCCUCGAGUAGCGGCACUUCAUGGUUUAAAAGUCACUCAUUUAGGGGCUCUAAAAGAGACAGGACCAACCAGAAACCACGGUGUUCAAGCAGAAGUUUUGAGUUUACUGAAGAUGAUCCUGAUGUUGAGACUGUCUUCAAAUCUGCAUUUGGUGGGAAUCGGUCUUAUUACUGGUCUUUUAUUAAUGAAGAGAAUCCUCAAUGGAAGAGCUCAACAAAUAACUCUAAUAACUAUAGGAGAUCUUGGACAUGGCAACAUAACUCAAAUACCUAUGGGAGAUCUUGGAGCUGGCAACAUAGGGUUGAUGAAGAUUAUGACUCUUCUAAUGAAUACGAGAAUUCAGAGGCUAAUUUGGUGUCGCAUAGGCUUGCUCUUGGACUACAAGCGUCUGGUCCACUCAAACUUGAAGAUGUUAAAAAUGCGUAUCGAGCAUGUGCAAUGAAAUGGCAUCCAGAUCGUCACCAAGGUUCCUCCAAGGUGAUGGCGGAGGAGAAGUUCAAAGUUUGCAGUGUGGCAUACAAAUCAUUGUGCAACAAGUUAGCGGUAAAUUAAGAAUAGCAUCUUCCUAACCUUCAUCUUCAUCCAAAUUCCAACGUAUUGCAGAUCAUUAAAGAUGCUGUCACACACAUAGUAAGCUUUUUCUUUCAUAUCUUGAUCUCAACACUUAUUUUGAUAUGAUAAUGGAACUGUCAUAUCUGAAGUUUUGUUUAUUAUUUAAUGCUGACUAUUUGUCUGGCAAGCAUGUACUACUGUGUCCGUUUUUAUACGGUAUCAAUAAUUAUAGUAGGAAAGUUGUAUAAUUUACUGUUGUUUUUAACUAUAAUGAACUACUUAACAUGUUUGAGACUCUGGAAUAAGAACAUUUUGAAAAAAAUACACAUGUAGUGAUUAGCUAUC